AUGGCGGUCGGCGCGGCCGCAGCGGGCACGCAAUCGGAGCCGAUCGGCUACGCGAUAGAGAAAGAGCACGCAAUCGGAGCCCAUCGGCUGCGCGAGCGAGAAAGAGCACGCAAGCGGAGCCGGUCGGCUCCUUUUAUUACUUCACACGAAGCGCGUUCAGGCAUUUUUAAUGACAAAAAAGCUGUGCUGACGUUACACGCGCAACAUGGGCCAGUGGCCAUGUGGAGGAUAUGCGGCGUCAGUAAGGCCGAGCCCGUACUGUUCGCUGGCACCGUUUACGAUGAUUAUCAGCCGACAUGGCGGUUGUGGGGCGAGGAGAGGGUGGACGGCGCUAUAUACACGGUUUAUUUGAAGAAAGUCCGAUAUCAUCGACCUACUCGGAGCGCCUCGAGUGAAUCGGACGACGAGAUCUCGCACCUGGAAUGGGAGACUGUACGGGUGCGCUUUGUCAAAGCCGGCACAGUCGAGAGGCUAGUGGAGGCGCUAGCCACGGAUGACGGCGAGCUAGAAUCCACCUAUGUGAAUGUAUUCCUCGCCACAUACCGCUCGUUCGCAGAAUGUAGCCGGGUCUUAGACCUGCUUCUUCGGCGAUACGAGGCCUUAGCAUCGGAGGACGUGCUUCCGACCGCAAUCGACAAUUCGCAACAACAUCGAAAGACUCUGGUGGCAUGUCUCCACGUAUGGUUGGACACCUACCCGGAGGACUUUCGACAAGCUCCGCACCAUCCUGCACUGCAACAGCUACUCGCCUUCACCCAGCUUCACCUGCCUGGCUCGGAGCUACAUUUGAAGGUAUUACAGAAGUUAGCGGUCUUCAGUGCGGAGCGGAAUGGGGGCGAAGGUUCUGGUGGUGGCGUGGGGGUCUGUUUAGCCCCAGGGAUGCGGCUCUCGGCCCACCACACCAGCACCUAUCGCCUGCCGCACGUGCCCCACCGACAUUUUGCCGAACAACUAACACGAAUGGACAUGGAAUUGUUCAAAAAGCUGGUGCCGCAUCAAUGUCUCGGGGCUAUAUGGUCGAGGAGGGACAAAAAUCGAUCACACGACGCGGCCACCGUGCUAGCCACCGUAAACCAGUUUAACGCCGUAUCCUUUAGGGUUAUAUCAACGGUGCUCGUUGAGCCUAAUUUAAGACCGACCGAGCGUGCGGACAUUCUAUCCGCGUGGUUGGACAUCGCUCGGGAACUGAGGGUGCUCAAGAACUUUUCUUCGCUCAAAGCUAUAAUAUCGGGCUUACAGAGCAACUCUGUGUACCGGCUGCGGAAAACGUGGGCGUUGCUGCCCAAAGAGAAAUCGGAGCUAUUCGAGGAACUGGCGCGCAUCUUCAGCGAGGACAACAAUCGCUGGGCGCAAAGGGAACUGUUGAUGCGCGAGGGCACGGCCAAGUUUGCAGACACAGUCGGCGAGAACGACAGGCAGCUGCAGAAGUUGCUGCACGAGCGCGGCUCGCCCGGCGUCAGCCACGGCACCAUACCCUACUUGGGGACGUUCCUCACGGACCUCACCAUGAUAGACACGGCCAUACCGGACACGGUGGCGGACGGCCUGAUCAACUUCGACAAGCGGCGCAAGGAGUUCGAGGUGCUAGCCCAAAUCAAAUUGCUGCAAGGCGCCGCGAACGCGUACCACUUGCCGCCGGACGCGAUGUUCGACAGGUGGUUCGACUCCGUGAUCAUCCUCGACGACCGGGAGGCGUUCAAGAUCUCGUGCCAAAUAGAGCCGCAGACGAACCCGCCGAAGGAGAGGCGGCCGAGGAAAACCAAUGAGGGCGGCAACCAGGGGCACAGGAAGAACGACUCGAUCGCGAGCACCAGCUCGAGCAACAGCUCGCAGUUCUAUUGCGAGACGGACGCGGCGAACGCGUGGAAACGGGACAGCCUGGAGAGGCGGUCGCCGACGCGGCUGUCGCACGGCUCGUCGUCGUCCUCGCUGCCGUCGCUGGACGUCUCGCUGUCGAGCGCGAACAGCGGCCAGAAACAGGCCAACGGGAAGGCGGCCGGCCCGUACGCGAACACGCGCAGCGGGCCCGACUUCUACAUAAUACGCGUCACGUACGAGUCCGACUGCGUCGAGACCGAGGGCGUGGUCCUGUACAAGUCGAUAAUGCUUAGCAACAACGAGCGCACGCCGCAGGUCAUCCGCAACGCAAUGCUCAAAUUGAACCUCGACGGGGAUCCUGAUAUAUACACGCUGGCGCAAGUAUUGCCCGAUCGAGAAAUGGUGCUUCCAGCUAACGCGAAUGUCUACUAUGCGGUGAACACUGCGUACAAUCUCAACUUUAUACUGCGUCCACGAAAACCAGUUCAAGCGGAGCCUGUAGUCAAUGGGAAGGCGCGAAAUAAGCGUACU